AUGUUCAAAAAAAUAGCUGAUAGCAUAAAUUUGCAACAAAACUCUUCAUCUACCAUACUGAUAGUUUUGGUAUCUUUCGACCCCGAUGUUCCUGAGUCUGAUAUUAGCAACUGGUGCGCAUUAAGCGAAAUGAUCGUAGAAAAAAGAAAAUUAGUAGGUGUUGAUCUUAUCAUUGCACUAACUCAUUCCCUUAAGGGGCGUGAUGCUACCUGCAUUACAAAAAUACAACCUGACAAAAUUUCUUGGCCCACCAUUAAGGAAAUGCUUAUCUCAAAUUUUUGUAAACCUAUGAUGAUGCAAGAUCAUUUCGAUCGAAUAAUUAAGUUUCGCAUUUGUAAUAAAGAUAGUCCCGCUGAGGCCGGCUUGCGUUUAUGGCAGCUGAUUGAAAGAAUCCCUGAUGCCAACUUACCCGAACACGUUAUCACUAGUUUUGUGGUCUCUGUUUUAUCCCAAUGUGACGACAAAAUUCGUCGUGAAUUGAAUUCAGUUGUCGUAAACGAUAAGCAUCAACUUUUUCGUAUCUUGCGGGGAAUUUCACUUAAAAGAUGCAAUGACGAGUUCGUCUCAUCAGAAAUAGAACCCAAGAAAAUUCGAACGUCCACAACGUUUAAGGGUAGUUGCCACUUCUGUGAAAGAGUUGGACACCGCGGUUUCGAAUGUCGUGACGAACAUCGUUUCAAUAAUAAAAAUAUCUCUGUAUCACAUAAACCCGAGCAAAGUAAGACUAUGACAUCCUGCUACAUCUGCCGUGAUACCAGCCACAUAGCCAGCAACUGUCCUAAGCGACCUGUCAAGAAAGAAGACGCCCUAUCGGGCAGCAAGCAAGUCAACCUGUGCUCCAAGGCAGCUCACGGUACCCUGGAAACUAGUGGUAUGAAGUUGUUGUUUAUUUUUGACUCUGGUUCAGAAUGUAGUCUCAUUAAACAAAGUAAAAGUGAUCACCUUGAGGGUGAUAGGUUUCAUGAUCAGAUUCUAUUAAAGGGUAUAGAGGUCAAUAGCAUUAUAUCUCCUUUGCAAGUAAGAUGCUCAGUUUGCAUUCAGGGUUUGCCUUUAAAUGUAACUUUUCACGUAUUACCGGACGAAUGUACAAACGAAGAGGUUUUGUUAGGACGUGAUAUAUUGCAAAACGAACUUUCUGUGGAAAUUAAUAGUAACUCAAUACAUUUUUUCAAGGCCAAGUUAACAAAUUUCUGUACAAAGCUAAACAAUGGACUACAAACUAUUGAUACUGAUUUAACAGGCUCCGAUAAAGAAAAGCUUAUUAGUAUUUUAAAUAAGUAUUACAAAAAUUUUAUUAACCAGCUACCAACCAUGCAGGUUACCACUGGAGUUAAAAAUUCAACUUAUUGA